UUCACACACACAGAGAGAGGGGUCGGUCACAGAGAGGGCCCGCGGCCGCACAGAGCUCCCUUUCUUUAGGAGCAGCCAUGGAGGGGUGUCCUUCUGUUGGACGGUGCAGUGAUGAGAAGCCUUUUCAUCCUCCUGUUUUUCACUCUCCACUACUGGCUGCGUUAAUUACAGGCCCCGGGCUGCACUCUGAGUUCCCUGAGCUCAUGCAGACUCUUGAGAAAAAGCCGCGUCGCUCAUUCUCACGAAACGGAUUUAAACACACACUCACAUACACACACGUGCACGCGUGCGCGCGCUCGCUUGCUCGCAGAAUUAUAUGCAACACGCACAGCCGUGUCGGAGUGAGCAGUGAGCCGGUCAGCUGACUGUUUGACUGGAACCACUUCGCUCCACGGACGCGGACUGACACAAGCUGGGUUUAAAGGCAUUUCCUCCGUGGCAGCAGCAGCAGCAGCGGCGGGGGGUUGGAGCGCGAUUCCUCUGCCGUCAGUGCUGUCUGGAAGUUUAAGGGAAAAAGAAAAAGAAAAAGGGGAGACGGAGAGGAGAGCAGUUGGUGGAGGGGGGAGACGGAGGGGAGAGGAGGGGAGAAAAGAGCCCAGCGACGACCGCAGCUCCCGCUGACGAUGCCAGGCUCGGAGUAGAUAGACUACGAGGGCACGAUGGCAGUGGACGCUGCAUCAAGUUUCAGUUUCUGCAGACCAGCCGUGGAGUACAGGGUUUUGUCGGAGGACUUUAAACACCAGUUGAGUCAUCGGACCGGUGGGAACCUCACCUGGCACGACGGGCGAGGACACAGAACAACAGGAGGCAGGACGGUGAAGCUGCUGCAGCAGCCGGGCACGCAGGCCGCACAGUACCGCUGCAGUGACAAUUAUGGGAUAUACAACACAAGCCCCACCCAGCCCAGCCUGAUCCGUCCAGUUGUGCUUUGGUCGCAACAAGAUGUUUGCAAAUGGCUGAAGAAACACUGUCCUCACAACUACCUGACCUACGUGGAGGUGUUCUCCCACCACGCCAUCACAGGCCGGGCACUGCUGCGUCUCAAUGGGGAGAAGCUGGAGAGGAUGGGCCUGGUGCAGGAGACGUUCAGACAGGAGCUGCUGCAACAGGUGCUGCAGCUCCAGGUACAGGAGGAAGGACGCAACCUGCAGCUGCUCAGCAGAGGUUCCUUUGGACGGAUAUCGUAGCUCGUUAGGGUCUCUGGGAGAAGUGGGAAAGUGCCGUGGAAUUAUGGGAAACGUGAUCAAAAGACUCGUAUGUCAGACACAUCCAGUGGGUGGAGGGAAACCCUCACAGUGAUAUCCUGAGUUUUGGUAGGAAACCUAGAAACCUGGACAUCUGCUCAAUGAUAAAAAAAAACUAAAUACGUUUUUAAUGGACUGACCAUGAACUGUGAAGAAGAAAAAAAAGCACCAGGACAAUCUGUUUUUUCAGCAUAUUGAUUUUUCUCUGUGAUUCAGUAACUGAUCCAUUCUUACUCUCUGCCUCAUUUCCUUUAAUCAUUUUAACUGUUUAAAAAUUAAUAAAGGAUAAUUAUAUAAAAAAAA